GCAAGCCGGCUUGGGGGCGCAGUCACCGUCUCCCGGUGUCUGGGAUCUGGGCCCGGCGCGGUGGGUUCCCCGCGCUCCUGCUGUGCCCCGGCCCUCAGCCCGCCGCCGGAGCCCGCCCGGCAUGAAUGCGGAGACCUGCGUCUCCUUCUGCGAGUCCCCGGCGGCCGCGAUGGACGCCUACUACAGCCCGGUGUCGCAGAGCCGCGAGGGCUCGUCCCCUUUCCGUGCGUACCCGGGCGGAGACAAGUUCGGCGCAGCUUUCCUGGCGGGCACCACGGCCGCCAAGGGCCAGGGGUUCGGGGACGCCAAGGGCCGGGCCCGCUACGGCGCGGAGCAGCAGGACCUGGCGGCGCCCCUGGACGGCGGGCCCGGGGCGCGGGGCUCCUUCGGCAAGUUCCCGCCGCCGCCCCCUGCCCCCCAGCCCCCAGCCCCGCAGCCUGCCCCUCAGCCCGCCUCGCAGGCGCACCUCUACCUGCAGCGGGGCGCCUGCAAGACGCCCCCGGCCGGCGGCCUCAAACUCUCGGAAGGCAGCGGCGGCCACAACGCGGCCCUGCAAGUCCCCUGCUACGCCAAAGAGAGCUCACUGGGAGAGCCAGAGUUGCCGCCUGACUCUGACACCGUGGGGAUGGACAGCAGCUACCUCAGUGUGAAGGAGGCUGGGGUGAAGGGGCCCCAGGACCGGGCCAGCGCCGACCUCCCCAGCCCGCUGGAGAAGGCUGACUCGGAGAGCAACAAGGGCAAGAAGCGGCGGAACCGCACCACCUUCACCAGCUACCAGCUGGAGGAGCUGGAGAAAGUCUUCCAGAAGACCCACUACCCCGAUGUGUAUGCGCGGGAGCAGCUGGCCAUGAGGACGGACCUCACAGAGGCCCGUGUGCAGGUCUGGUUCCAGAACCGGAGGGCCAAGUGGAGGAAGAGGGAGCGCUUUGGACAGAUGCAGCAGGUGCGAACCCACUUCUCUGCCGCCUACGAGCUGCCCCUGCUCACCCGGGCUGAGAACUACGCCCAGAUACAGAACCCAUCCUGGAUUGGCAACAACGGUGCGGCCUCGCCUGUGCCUGCCUGUGUGGUGCCCUGCGACCCAGUGCCCACCUGCAUGUCCCCUCACACCCACCCCCCGGGCUCCGGGGCCAGCGGCGUCACCGACUUCCUGGGUGUGUCUGGGGCCAGCAGCCACGUGGGCCAGACGCACAUGGGUGGCCUGUUCGGAGCUGCUGGCCUGAGCCCAGGCCUCAACGGCUACGAGCUCAACGGCAGCGGCGAGCCUGACCGCAAGACCUCGAGCAUCGCGGCCCUGCGCAUGAAGGCCAAGGAGCACAGUGCCGCCAUCUCCUGGGCCACCUGACAGGGCAGCCCACAGGCCCCCCGCCCUGCCCGCGCUCUCCAGGCCCCCAGCCGCCCUCCCCUUGGACUCUCCUCUCAGGAGCCUGGGCUGAGCCAGGCGCCUGACCCUCAGCACUUUCAGCCACCCCAGUCUGAGGCCUCCUGGUACCUCCUGCCCCUGCCCGGGGGAGGGAGAAAGGCCGGCCGUUUGCAGCUUUGCAUUUACACAGCCCAGGACCCUUUCUUCCCACCCCAUAGGGGUCAACGUCAGAGGCCCACUCUCAUCCAGUGGUCAAAUCCGUCCUCCUCUCUCUGCUGGGGUCUCUGUCACCGGGUCCCCGACCGAGUCUGCAGAGCAGGUUGCCCUAGUUGGCCCACCGCCUUUCUGGUGCCUUUUCUCUUCUCCAAAGCCCCAUGGGACCCAAACUCUUGGAGCCAAGGUGUCUGAUAGGACAUCUGAAUGUCCCCUUGCUGGACCCACCUGAUGGCCUGUGCAGAGGAAAAGUGACACUGGAGCUAAGGAUGCCUGCUGUCACCCAGCCUCACUGGCAUCUGGGAGAAGGGACCGUCCUCAGGUGCCAGGACUCUGGAUCUGGGUAGAUGCUGCAGGCAGAGGCCGUCCAUGGUGCUGGGGGAAAAGAAGCUUCCAGAGCGAGUAGCAGGCACAGCAGGGGUGCUGCACACAUGUCUGUCUGUCUGUCCGCCAAAUGUCCAGCUGCGAGCAGGGGGCAGACCUGGGCAGCUACGGGCCCUUUCACCCUCUUCUUGCUGGUCACUUGCUGGGGCUGCCCCAAGGACUUCCACCUUGAAUACAGGAGCCAGAGUUGGGGUCACAGCAUCAGCAGAUCAGGAGGCCCAUCAGAAUCUGCUAGAGGAUGUGUGCCCUGUUGGUGGGCAUCUGGGCCUUGGCACCACCUGCCUGCCUCUCCCUUUUCUUCUCAGUCACCUCUGGCCCUGUGCCAUAUCUUCCCCGAAUCUUCCAGGCAGGGGGUAGGGACUCCGUGUACCCAGACCUGCUCUGAGCCCUCUCCCCUGGGUUGGAAAGCCCACCCUCUCUCCCCAGCCUCUUCAAGGGCUCCCAGGCCCAGCGUUUAUGGGUCACUUGCUGUGUUCCAGAUGUUGGGGCAGGAUUUCCUCCCAAAGCCAGGUCUCUCUGCCAGCAAGCAAGAAGGGGUGUCCUGUGAGGCCCUUAACUGGAGACAUGCAACUUGGGUUUGGGCGCCAGGUUCCAGUGGUCACCCAAGUAUAUGGCAGUCCUUUCAGAGUCUUGAGGUGGGGAUGGGGGUCUCACUCAACUGUCAAUGUUCCCCCCCACCCAAGGAAGAAAUUUUAUUCAUGUCAUUGAUAGGUUCUUGGGCAAAACUGCGACUGUAAGAAACACCAGACAGCCCCUCUCCACUGCUUUGCCUUCAUAAGCAAAGGAAGUUUGGUGUUGAAUCAGGUGGUGGGACCUGAGGACCCACUGUGUGUGCCUUGGCCACUGUCCAUCUUGGGCCUGUCAGCGAGGCAGGGUGCUGAGCCCAGGGCAGGACACAGAGGCAUGAGGGGCUCUGCCCUUGAGCUGCUUGAGGUUUGAGGGGAACCACAGUCUUCCCCGUUCCCUCUGUCCUCACCUGCUGCAGAAUGUAGACUGAGGACAAGCCCUGCUCUGGCCUCCUGGGACAAGAGUCAGAUCUCCAGGCAGCUCUCAGAAGUGAAAGGGCUGUGGGCAUCAAUAUUCUUGAAGGCUUGGUUUUUAAGCAUCUCAUGUAUUUCAGGGUCUUGGAAUGACUCUUAGGAUGGCCUUUGUGAGCUCUGAGCUUUACAAGAUAACUCAGGCUCCCCAGAAAAUCUGGGAAGGGAAAGGACAAGAAGAAAAGGCUUAAAGCUGCACUGGGAAUGGUUCCCCAGGUCUUUAAAUACUCUGGGUGGGGGAAGGAUGAAGGUGUGUGGAGGCGAGUGUCUAUCAGCAUGGAUGUGCUCCCCCCUCUGCCCAAGAAGAGACAGUCCAGACAGAAAGAGAACCACGAGGGCCUGAGAACAGCAGGCAAAGACAGGCCAGGGCUCCCGUGGAGUCUUCUCAAAGGGCCCUCUAGUGUCUGCUUGGUUAGAGCCUGAGGAUUAUUAACCACAACACUUGAGCAGCCUUUGUGAGAAGGCCUUGUGGCUCUGUCUGCCUGCUGGGAGGAUGUCCCAGUCCCUCUCCUUACCCCACUGCAGAGCUGAUGGCCCCCCUGCCUUGCCUUACCUAACACUCUCAGAAUCCCAGAGCUGGGAGGGGAGCUUAGAAACCAUCUCCUUAGUCUAGUCCCUUCAUGCGGGAGAAGCCCCAGUGACCACCCAGAGCCUGGGUUAAGCUGUAGCAUGGCCAGGAGGGGAACCCAAAGUGCCUUAAUGGAAGUGCCUUGACUACACAGAAGUGCCCCAGUGCCCCUGGCUUCCAGGACAUCUCAACCCCCUGAUGGGCUUCUCUCUCUCUGUUCAGCCUUUCCCCUGCUUCUGUCCUGGCCCCAGAAAGCAGGCAGAAAGAGCCCCUCCUCCCACCCCAGCUCUGUGGUCUCCUCAGAGAUGGUACCUAGGAGCUGACUGAUGAGGAUGGAUAGCUGGCAGGUCAGCAGGCAGCCUGUCUGACACUGAGAACCUCUGUGCCCUGCCAGGCACCAGUCUGGUGGCUGGGGCUUGACACUAAGGUGCUGCUACACCCUCAGGUGCCAUCACUGCCUCCCUGACCCCCCUCCCUGGACAUGAGAGGGGAGGACUCUGAGGAACCUGGAGUGACUUGUCCCCAGGUAUUCAAGGGUGCCCAGAGGACAUGGGCUUUGUAUCUUUCCUUGAAUUUUUUCAACUAUACUUGACUCUCAGCUCUCACGGCCGGCUGUGCCCCUGGCUCUGGGCAGUACAGUGGCUAGGUUAGUUCAGAGACACUGCCAAGGGUUGGGGGGCAGCCUUGACAAGUGGGUCCCUGAUUCACAGCACUGUGGCUACCCUGGAUGCAGCCCUAGUGUCCCAGCUGCCCUCACUCCAGCCAGGCAAAGAGGAACAUGCCUCCCCCCGCCACACACACAUACCAGAAACUUCCAGGUAUCUUAAUCCACACAGCCAUUCCUUCUCCAGGCCAGGCUGUGUGGGUGAGACCUCCUCACAAUUGAUGAUCCCAAGCAAAGAGGACUCACAGGGGGUAGGUGGGGGGGAGGGAAGAUGAUUGACCCAGGGGUCCUCUGGAGAAUAACCCACAGUCAUGAAAGAGGACAAAAAGAAAACAAACAAACAAAAAAAAAAAACCCUGCUUCCCAAAGUCCCACCAAAGCCCCCAGUGAUUCACACAGAAUGCAGCAGUAGGGAGAAAUGGGGGACAAGGCCACCUACUCUCGCCCUCCCCUUCCAUCCCCUUCAUGUCCACACACACAGCUAGGCCUUUAUACUACUGAUUUUGAAGGACAGUUUUCCCAUGUCUAGUUAUCUGUUUGGGUGUGCCGUGGUUGAAUAUAAAGACAGCCGAGUGAUAGAAGGAACAUAAACCUCAAAUCUAGUCCUUGAUGUCCUCAUUGUAAGAUACCUUAACCCUGUUAUCAAUGCAAUUUUUCUCUGUAGCUUAAUGGCCUGGGGUGGAAUAUUAAAGUAUAUAUAAAUAUAUAUUAAAAAGUGCAUUGAAAAUCCAGAAAAAAAGUGUUUAAAAAAAUAAUGAGGUUGGUUCCAUAAAGUUUGACUGCCUAUACCACCAUGUAACGACACUAUAGCAAAAUAUUAAAAGAAAUGUUUUUGUCUUCUAAAGUAAGUUAUUGCACUUACAUCUGGGGGGGAGGGACAUUAAGGAGAAGAGAUCAGAGGGGCCCAGGCAGUUGGGAUGGUGGUGGGGGUGCUCAAUGGGGAGCGGAAGCAGCACCCUCAGCUAGGCGCAGCCUAAACUGUCUGUUUGCCGGUUGUUUGCAAUAAACUCCUUCUCCUUCCUCCUCUCAA